AUGGGUGCUGUAAUGGAUGCACUGCGAUCUCUUCGCAAGAGAGCCCUGGAAGUAUCAUCAACGAGGCAAAAGCUCCUACGACCCGCAGUUGGAGAUAACUCGGCCGCUGGCCGCCGAGUUAUACCAGCCACGAAACAUGACAACUCAAUCGGAGUACGCAUUGACAGGGGCAUGCAAGUCGACAACCGUGUCAUGAUAUACCUCCAGCCGAAUAAGAAUGCGGACAACCGCACAGUCAAAGACUUGGCCAACAAGAAUAGCCACCAGAACCUUGCUGAAGCUUGGGUCGACACUGAAGACCCCAUCGAUGACUCGACCGUGAAUAAGGUGUUUGAUGCUUUGGAAGCAAGUGCAAAAAAUAAAGGUCAUUGA